GCUCCUCUAGGCUCAACCCAGAGCAGUGAAAUGGAAGGGGAGGUAGUAAAGUCCAGGUUCAAAAGGGUUUGUGUGUUUUGUGGAAGCAGCACAGGAAAGAGAGACUGCUAUAGAGAUGCAGCCAUUGAUUUAGCUCAGGAGCUGGUUUCAAGAAGAUUAGGGCUUGUCUAUGGAGGUGGAAGCAUUGGGCUAAUGGGUCUGGUUUCCCAGGCUGUUCAUCAUGGUGGCGGCAGAGUCAUGGGGAUCAUUCCCAGGACAUUAAUGAACAAAGAGAUAACUGGAGAAACAGUGGGAGAGACAAGACCAGUAGACAACAUGCACCAAAGGAAGGCAGAAAUGGCCCGCCAUUCAGAUUGCUUUAUAGCCCUUCCAGGUGGGUAUGGAACUAUGGAAGAACUGUUAGAAGUCAUCACAUGGGCUCAACUAGGCAUCCACGACAAACCAGUUGGGUUGCUGAAUGUGGAGGGCUACUACAACAACCUCCUCACUUUUAUCGACCAAGCAGUGGAAGAUGGUUUCAUAAAACCAUCACAACGCAACAUCAUAGUGUCAGCACCCAACGCCAAGGACCUGAUUCAGAAACUAGAGGAAUACGUGUCUGUACGCGAGGAAGUGAUGGGCAAAGCGAGAUGAGAAAUUGAGCAGCCACAGCCACAGCAACAGAAAAAACAAUUGGGGUUCGAACCCAACACCUUCCACGCUCAGAUCGCCCUGUAAAGUUGAAACAUGAAAAGAAAGGGAAAAAAGGAUUGAGUGAAAGAAAUGGAAAAGAGGCGUUUGAUGAUUUUGGGUCGUCGUCGUGAUCAUAAUCAUCAUGUUACGAACUCUUGUAUAAUUGGAUUGGAUGUGAAAAAUGUUCACAGAGAUAAGAUUGACCAAAACACUGAAAUCAGUGGGACCUUCUAA